AUGACUUCGUCUGCGAAGCGCAGGCUGGCGGCGCUCAGUGAGCAACUCGUUGCACCAAUUGGGGAUCAAGGAAAAUUCGAAGACAUUCCUAUCCUGAAGAAGAUUGCCGCAGAUUCCAAUGGACCGAGAGUCAAAGGGAAGGUUGUUAUCGUGACAGGAACGAAUUCUCCCCUCGGAAUUGGUCGAGCUUCAGCACACCAGUUUGCACAGAAUGGCGCGAAAGCUGUCUAUAUCUGCGACUUCGAUGACACGAAUCUUGAGACCCAUAAGCGCGAGCUUGCUGUGCUAUACCCCAAUGUCGAAGCCCACACUCGAAGGUUUGAUGCGUCGGAUGAGGAGGCCGUUAGAGCAGUUGUUGACGAUGCUGUGAAGAAGUAUGGAAGGCUGGAUAUCUUCUUUGCGAACGCCGGUAUUGUCGGACAGCCCAAAAUCUUCUCGGAGAUCACGGCAGAUGAAUUCCUACAUACAUUGAAGAUAAAUGUUGUGAGCGUACACCUUGCUGCUAAAUACGCAGCCCCUGCCAUGAUGAUAACGUCUGCUGAGAAGAAACACCCUUCAGGCAGCAUUGUGGUGACAGCAUCGGUAGCAGGACUUCGAUCCAAUGCAGGUUCAAGUGAUUACUCUGCCUCGAAAUCUGGUGUCAUUUCUCUCGCCCAAACAAUGUCGUACCAAUUGGCUGGAACUGGUAUUCGCGUCAAUGCUAUUUGCCCAGGAGUCAUCGAGACAGGAAUGACAGCUCCUAUGUACGAAGCAGCGAGAUCUCGAGGGACAGAGAAGAAGAUUGGACAACUCAAUCCUCUGAGGAGAGGAGCUCAUGCCGAUGAGGUGGCCAGAGUCGCCUUGUUUUUGGGCAGUGAUGAGAGUAGUUAUGUGAACGGCCAGGCUUGGGCAAUUGAUGGGGGUCUGAGUGCUGGUCAUCCUUUUGUCCCUGGAAAGUUGGGAUGA